GUUAGUCUGAUGGUAGCAUAUCGAUGUAAGCCUACUCCUGAUGAACUACUACCUAAUAUUUGUCAUAGGUCUCUGCAGCCUCAUCAAGGCAUCUUGCUGCAGUGGUGGUCACCAAUGCAAAAAUGUUUCCAAGACAUUGUACGUCAUUAAUGGUGGAUCUGCGUCAACCAGUUUUUACUCUGACAAUUUUGUGGAACUUCGAUGUUAUUAUAAUGAUAACAUAGUGUUCAAUAGCGGGCAUAUGUUACCGUUCUCUAGGUUUCGAUUACAGAACUCAUCCAACCUAUUCACUAUCGUCAUAUCCAGUGUUACAACGAAUGGAACGUAUAGAUGUUUAGUCCUUGAGACACUUGGUCGUUACAACAUCACUAUACAGUUAAAAAUACACGUGGAUGAAGUUCAGCUUUCUGUUAUCCCUAUUGCACCAAUUGACGGAAACAACAUCAAUGAUGCCACAAAUGGCUAUGUUGUACUAAAGUGUCAUACCACAUCUCCCUAUCUUUAUACCAGUCUCGAAUUUCAUUUUAAUUCAUCUAUGGAUGCUCAAUUAAUAUACGAAGAUACUUCCGUAACAAAUGACAUCAACUUAUAUCAUGUUGUUAAGAUUUUGGCUCUGAAAACUGACAAAACCCAUGACAACGAAGCAAUUUUUUGUUCAGCUGAACAUAACAUCACUAAUGCAUCAACACAUUUUAAUUCUCCUACGUUGAAGUUAAACACCUAUCGUUGCAAAAGCAUUGAGCCAGUCAGAUCCGUACGCAUUGAAAACGUCACAGCUGACAGUUUCAUUCUAAAAUGGGAGUCGAACACCAUCAGUGACUGCGGUGGGACUAUAUUAUUUGCUGUUGAGUGUAUCACUCCGCUGCCAAGUAUUUGGAGUGAACCAAUCGAAAUUGAAGGCAGUAACUCUUCACAGAAACAGAGUCUGUCUUUUGAAAAUUUGAACCCUGGGACUGUGUACGGUUUCGUAAUCUAUGUAAGGAACCAUGAUGCUGAAAGUGGAGGCUCGUAUAUCUUUAGCAGAACAAAAGAUAAUAAUAACUACACCGUAUAUAUGCCACAGUCAUACAGGUCCACAAUAAAUGAAAAUCAUUUUACCGUAACUGAAAUUGCAUCGAUCGUACUUGCAUUACUGCUGGUUUCGUUAUUUACAUAUCAACG